CCGGCCACCCCAUCACACCGCGUGCCGCCUGCCCGUCUCCCUCCUUCAUCAAGAUGUCGACUUCACAGAGUGUCCAAACCUUCGGAAAGAAGAAGACCGCUACCGCCGUUGCCUUCUGCAAGGAUGGCAAAGGUCUCAUCCGAAUCAACGGAACCCCCAUCGCCCUCGUCCAACCUGAAAUCCUCCGUUACAAGGUCUACGAGCCCAUCCUGAUCGCUGGUGCCGAUGCAUUCUCCAAGCUUGACAUUCGGGUCCGAGUCACCGGUGGUGGUCACACUUCGCAAGUUUACGCCAUCCGACAAGCCUUGGCCAAGGCCGUCGUAGCUUUCUAUGCCAAGUACUACGACGCUGCCUCCGCCCUCGCUCUCCGAAAGGUGCUCAUUCAGUACGACCGAACUCUCCUCGUCGCUGACCCCCGACGGAUGGAACCCAAGAAAUUCGGUGGGAAGGGUGCCCGUGCUCGCUUCCAGAAAUCCUACCGUUAAGCCUGCUCGGAUCAUGUUGCUACUUUUUAUGUCUACAUUUACAUAUGUGCCAUGCAAUCAAUCCCCUGGCCGUCUAAGCCUUUCUUCAAAUGAAUGAAUACAUGUCUUAGUUGAACUGCUUCCCCAAAAUGUAAGAGUGUCCAGUUGUCGGUGUCCGGAAGGAAAAAAAACCCUUUGCAAUGAAGAGGG